AUGUUUGAAUUUCAAACUGGAAUAUCAGAUAUGACUUAAUAAUUAUUGCAACAAUCCCCGCUAUAUAAUCUAAAAUUAUCGUCCAUUUUAGUAUAGAUUAGCAGUGAUGUUGUUAAUCUAAUUAAACCGCAUAUACCUAAACUCUUUAAACUCUUUGAACAAACAAUAGAAUCAUUGAAAAAAACAGACAACACAACUAUGUCCUAUUACUUUUUCUUUUUUGAUUCAACUUCUAAUGUUACAGAACUUGAAGAAUUUUAAAUUAUGAUAUUGAAAAUCUCAUUGUAGAAUAAUUCAUAUCAGCAAUAGCUUUCUUAAGGCUAAGCAAUACAAUCUUCCAACGCCAGAUGA